AUGAUCCUCAUUGAUCCAUCAUCUUAUGCCAGCCACGCAAGCCGCUUCAACGUCGUGGUACGCCGGCUCCCCAUCAUCCGCGACAUCCUGAAGACAUGUAAGAGCCACCUACAACCGAUCCAAAAUCCUCUAUCUACAGACGACUGUGACGCACUGGAGAAAACCAUGGACGGAUGCCAUGAAAAGCCCCAAUUCAAUCUGGUGCACGAGAAUCUACUCCCACACGACGUUGAAAUGUUAUUGAAGAGGAGAUCUUCCCAGAAUGACGUAGAGGAUGAAGAAGCAUCGGAAGAUGAAGAUGGAGCGCAAGAAGAAGCAGAGCUGUAUUAA